AAAGAGCGCGUGAAAAAAGGGAACGUCAUGGUGUGUUACUAUGACUCUCAGCUCGAUCCAUCACAUUUCCGUUUGAUUCAAGCAUCUGUUCCUGAAGUUUUAAAGUGGUUUAGCGAUUUGUCCGCUUCUAAGCGUGUAGAAUUUGUUUGCGGCUUACUUCAGUUAUCUACGCCACCAGAGCUAAGGUUCUACGGCAGCUGCUUGGAAGAGAUUGCCCGUCAAGAUUACGAAAGUCUCCAUGAUUCUGAAAUACAGGCAAAUGCACCCAUGGAAAAUUAUGGUGUUUUAACUUUGUAUAAUACUGUGCCAUUGAAUCCUGGUAUUUCCACUUUGGUAACUCCGAUUUCUAUCCCGAUUCCUCCCUCAUUUAUAAUAUUAAACAACAACCCAACAUUGCGAUCUAAACUUAUUAUCAGUCUUUCACUACUUAAUUCUACAAAUACACCAGCAGCUACAAGUUAUUUUGAAAUGUUAAUGGCUGAUGAGAGUGACACACAUUCGCCGAAUGAUCUACAAAUAUCGACUACCAUGUUUAAAACAUCUUCCCUUGUAAAAUGUAAAUCAUCUAAGAGUGGGUCUGUUUCAUCAGACGACAGUGAUGACGAAUUGUCUUCAGUAGAUAUUUUAAGGACUAUUAACCCGCAAGUCUUGGAUGAAAUCAUGCUCAUUUACACACUUGCUGCAUUUCAUCCUGCUUUCUCUUUUGACCAGCGACAACGUUUGUAUAAGCGUUUAUCCAUCGUAAAAGCCUUAUCUGAUCAUUCAGUAAAAAUUGCUCAACUUGCCAAUCAGUAUAAAGAUCCAAAUAAACAUGUCCUUAGUGAGUGGGAAAAGCCCCCUCGAAAAUCACAGUCUCCAUCUAACUAUAAACACCAUUCCUGUCUAAAUUUUCCUGCGAGAUCUAAUGUUCCGCUGUGUCCUGCACCAAGACAAUGUCGUCUUCACGGUGACCAAAGCUCCAUCAAUCAAGACUCCAAUAAUAAUCUUUCUACAAAGUAUUCACAUUGUGGUUAUUUGCUGUGUCAUUGCUCACAAUGCCAUCAUCGAGGUUCUGUAACACGUUCAUUACGUCGGCAUAGUUUACCGUCAGAUUGUUUGCGUUUUUGUGGAUAUGACAGUGACGAAAACAAUAAGGAACUUAUUUCAAUUACCAAUCCAAGUACCGUAGAUAUGCAUUUCAACAAUAAAAGUGAUACAUUGGAUGUAUCAUCGGUGACAAGCAUUCAAACUGAUUCAUCAUGUAUUAGUAGACCAGAUGAUUCAUUAGAGUCUACUAGCCGACGAAGACAUGAUGCUUUCGGGAGAUUCGAUGCUAUUAUUAUUACUACUACUACUACCACUACUGUUACUACCACUGCUACUAGUAGUAAUCAAAGGUCGAAUGAUGAACACUAUCCUAGGACUACACGUUGUUUAUCAUGUCGAGAAUACGAUAGUCCAACUUGUAAUGGAGAGUUAUCUACUCAUGAUUCUGAUUUGAAUUAUCUUAAAGAAGUACAUCUUUGGUUGAAAAAUCCUAAUCGAUCAGUUACUAUUGGCGAUCAAUUUAAUUCUUCUCCAAAUACAAUAUCGACAAAAUCUUCAAUAAGUUUAUCGACUUUAUCCGAUAAUAUUCACACAUCUUUCCCAUCUAUGUUAUCAAAUUCUCAGUCUACAUCUAAACUACAGGUAUCCGAUGUAGUGGAUCCAUUGUUGUUGACCAAGAACGAUAAUCAUAAUGGUAAUAAUAAUUCCAGUUGUUUGGAACAAACACUUCCAGCCAGUGUUUAUGAUAAUCGUCUGGACUUGUCUGCUGACUGCCAAUCUAUUAGCGAACUAUGCAUAAAUACAACAAGAACCUUAACAGCUUCUGAUGGGCCUUCCGUUUAUAAAGAUCUAGUUCGAUCAUCUGAGGAAUUUACUUCGUGUUCGCCACCGAUUAACCUGAGUUCAAUGAAUAAUCCAAUGUAUUCCUCGUCGUCUACAUCGAACAGAAGAGUCGUAGCCACAACAUCAAGUUCAGACUUUCGUUUUAGUGCUGAGAAAUGCUCGAAAACAAUAUCAGACUUUUGCCCCCUAUUUCCAAAGCGUCAUAGUUCCGGUUCUUCUCCAAUUUCCACACCACCUUCUGAAGAAAGCAGUUCUGACUCCACUGCACUAAAAGCAUCUUCACCGGAAUAUUGGACUCCAAAAGGCGCAUCACGCUAUGUUCGUGGAAUAUACACACCAUACCAAUCUUACAGUCAAACAUUUCGUCCUGUUGUGAAUCAUUCUCGAGAAUCUCAAGUAAAAAACACUUCCUCUUCAAGUCGAUUAUCCCAAGCAUCUCAUUCGAUGGUUGUAUCACAUUCCAGUAGUGUAUCAAAGCGCAAAUCUUACAAUCAAUUCACCUUGGAGGAUUUCCCUUCAUUAUCAACUUUACGUUCCAUGGUCAAUGCAGAAUCAUCAAAUGUUUCAACUAAACAUAAAACGAGUAAUGAAAAUUACAGUUCUUUUAAUAGUCAUAUCAAUCAUAGUUGUAACAACAGUAAUGAUAAUAAUAAUGCAUGUACUCGUCAAUUACCGAUCACAUCCACUACUUUUCCCGCGUCCUCGUGUGAAUUACCUAAUAGUGUACAAAAUUCUCAAUUAGAUUUUGAUAAACUUCCAGUUGUUUCUAACUACAUGAUACAUGGUGAAAACGAUAAUACGGUUGUAAAAUCAAUCUCAUCGAAUUCAACUGAUAAUAUUCAAUUGGAGCCAAGUGUUUUCUCUUCUAAUUCGUCGAAUUUUCUUCCGAUUAUGAUAACAAAUUCAAGUACUUCUUCACAUAUAUCUGUGUUACCACGUGUUACCACUAGUACUACUAUUACUACUACUACAUCUGUCUGUACUGCUUGUACUGCUACUACUGGCAGCAAUAGUUUUUCCAUCUCACCACAUUAUUGGAUGUUACCUGAAGGUCCUAUACCAAUACUUCCUUCAACAUUAUAUUCGCCAUAUCUAUUGCCUACAUCUACAAUUUUAGAAAAUUUCCAGUCUAUGCAAAGACUACCUAUGUUAUAUCAGUGGACAGUCCAAUCGGCGGAUACAUCUAGUAACAGUAUUAACUGUAUUAACAAUGUAUGUGCAUCUUUUAUACCAUAUUUAUCGCCCUGUGUUGGUAUUUUCACUACAAACUCUGUGAAUAAUAAUAAUAAUAAUAAUAAUAAUAAUAAUAAUAAUAGUGAUGAUGAUACACAAUGUGCCAAAAUGAAUAUUCCGGAGAUUAGUACAUUUUAUCAUUCCCCUCAAGAAUCUGAUAACGACGAACACGAUAAUAAUGAUGAUCAUGAGCAUAAUGAUAUCGAAAAGAAAAAGAAAAUCAAAGAACUAGAUAGUCCAUUACAUUCUACCAGUACCACUGAUGUCUCUAUGAAUAAUAAUAAUCACAAUAUUGAAGUAACUACUAACAUCACUCCUCUUGAAACUACAAGUUCUUCAAUCUGUAAUUCUCAGGUGGAACUACUUCAUAAAGGCUUGUUUUCACAAUCAUACAUCUUAUUGCCUUCAUACCCUCCUACUCCUAUCCCUACUACUACCACUAAUAUUCUCCCAUAUUCAACUUCUAAUAUGUAUGUUAAUACUUUAAAUUCUUGUGGAAUAGUGCAAAAUUCACCAGUUUGUCAAGCAAGUAUAACGAUAACAACAAUUUGUAAUAAUAAUAAUAGUGGUGGUAUCGAUCUGAUUACAAAUAGUAAUAAUUUGCUUACAAAUCAUCAGUUGAAUACAACUAUGAUGAAGCAACUGAAUGAUGAACGGAAUUUACCAGAGAAUAAAAAGAUAAAUGUAUCAAACGAUACAAAUAUCUGUCCAGUAUCACAUGAAAAAACGUUUAAUGGUAUCAACGCCACAGCGAAUAGUACGACCUCACCUUCCUUUGUGACUACUGAUACUACCAUUUUAACGACGAAUUUGAACAUUAAUCGUAUCCAUUCAUCUAACCGCCUAAUACCUCAUCAAGCAUAUGGUUCUAAUCGUACUGAUAUAAUCACUACGGAGGAAACUCAUAAAAAUCCACCAGUAAAUACUGUUGAGAAUUGUGACUGUUCAGAUUCUACCAACAGUAGCAAACCUUAUCCCUUAUGGUCUACUAAUGAAACUGUUUGUAAUCCUACUUGGUUCUAUCCUCGUUUUCCUGGUCGACCUGAUUCUUCAAAUGGUCUACCCUCCAGUACUUCCGGGUCCCAACGUACUUACCCUACUCGUGGUUAUUCACCUAUGAAUUUCAAUAAUUCUGUUCUACCACGCGGCUAUGCUCAACCUCAAAUCACCAGUUCGUUUUACUAUACACAGCACCCUGGUUUAACAUUAGUUCCGAAUUCUGUGUCCAGUCAUUCACCAUUUAUUGGUUCAGUUCCUAAUCCAAAUAUGCACUUCCAACAACCACAUCCUUUAUACGGUUUAGUUCCUAGUUCAUCUUCGACUUCUGGGGCGUCACUGAAUGGAUACCCAGGAAUUCCUAUGGCCUCAACAAACUCAAUUAAAUCCAACAUUUCUUCCAUAGGUCAGUCAUCAGUAGCAUCAGUUGAUCCUAUAUCAACAGCAGCCUUACUACAAAAUGCUUUGAUUCAAAUACCAAAUGUUCCUUUGCUACAGAACUUCGUGCUACAUCCGCCUUUACACCCAACAUAUCCUCCGCCAAUACCAAAUAUACCAGCUAAUUGUGCCAAUAAUCCUGCCAUGACAAUUUCUUCUUGGUCAUCAAUAAAUGGACCUAGAAUAGUCAGUUGUUACAAUUGUGGUCAGCCAGGACAUAAAGCUAAUGUUUGUCCAUCUAGAUGGUCUAGUCAACAAUUAUCAGAAAAUGUUUUCUCGUUAAAUUGUGCUCCAAGAAAAUAGUAUCAAACUAUAAAGUAGUAAUUAUGAAUCAAAACAACUCUGGAGAAUCACAACCACCGCCGCAUAAACUAUACUGCUGACUGUGGAACAGAAUUGUGUUUAUUAUUAUUCGAAAAACCUUUCAUCGAUCUAUUAUUAUUAUUAUUAUUAUUUCCAAUUACGACAAUAGACACCGUCAUUACUAACGAACUAAUCGCAUACAUGUUCAUAAUUAUGAUUAUUUCAUUCUCUGAUUUUUUUCUUAUCAACAAAAAAUAAUUUACACAGUCAAAAAAGAUACUAAUUACCGUCUUGCCGAGACAUGGAUACCCAAGCGUUGCCUUGACUCAUAUCGUUCUUCUAAUUCAAUGUCCAAGUUAAUAGUAGAAAAAAAACUGUAUUUUUGAAAGAACCUGAAAAGUUCUUUUUUUUUUUACUAUUGAUUUUGACAUGAGUUUACAGAUACCUACCAUCUUACAAACCUUGUAUUUUAAAUUGAUAUCUAUGCAUGUUAGUGUGUUUGUGUAGAUGGUGUGUAUGUGUGGUUGGGUAUCUUACUUUUAAAGCAGUCAAUAUAUACUGAACAAAACAAUAAGUCCAACAAUUCUUCCUAGCAUUGUUUUACAUUUCAUCCUGAAUAUUGAAUUCCUUUUUAACUAUUAUUAUUAUUAUUCCCAUUUAAAUAAAAGUAUGAUAAAUUCUUUUUAUAAUAUCUAUCACAUAUAGAUUGUAGAGAGACACAUUGCUUGAUCUAGAUAUUAUAUACACACAAUUGUUUUUUUUUAUUACCCCCAGUUACUUAUUUGUAUUCUAGCUUGUAAAUACUUAUACAUUGUGUAUAUGUUAUUCACCUGUUUAAGUAAAACUACACUUUCUUUUGAAUUAGUAGUAUUUUGUUGACAAUAUAAACCGUUCCUUCUUUUAUUUUGUAUUGUACACAAGUUAUUAUAUAUGUAUGCUAAUUAGCUUCAUUUUAUUCAAUACCUGAGAGAAACUAUGCCAUAUACAACUUACUUUACAAAUAUUUAUGAUAAACAUGAUUUGAUAUUUAUCUAAUAAAUCGGGUCGCUGCAUGUUUUGCACACUGUGGAUCACGGACGAUAAAACAAAUUGUAUUUUCUUCUUUGAUGUAGUCCAUAUUGGAAUUGUGCUCCUACUCACCCCUACUGGAAAGCUCCCUAAGCUAGGGAAAAAGAUAAGCACGAUGACAAAAGUAUAUGUGUGUGUGUGCUUUAUUCUAUGUGAGAUCCAUAGUCAUCCUUUUUUAAAAGUUAUUUCCCUUCAUUCUUGUUUUUAUAGUCGAUUAUUAUUAUUAUUCAAUUAGCUUUUUGCCUGCCCACCUACCUGUUUAUCUAGAUGUUUUUGUCUGUUUUGCGUCAUGUUGCGCACACGACACCAUAUAACAUCUGUUUUUUGCUUAGAUAUAUGCAUUUCCUUACGUAUACAUAUAUGUUGUCUCCAUUCUCAUUAUGCCAUGGCAGAUAAGAAGGUAGACAUAAUAUGUAUUCUGCUUUUAUUCAGGUGAUAAUAAUAACAAUAAUAGUGGUAAUUAGUUGUUACUAUCUUGAGACAAACACUUGUUACUGUUGUUGCUACUUCAUUGUCUUUCUCCAAAUGUGUAUCUUUAUACUUGUGUGAAUAAAUCUCUACCCAUUUAACCUUUACAAUAUGUUUCCAAUUAUGUAUGUUUGAGCCUGUGAAAAGAUGAACAAAUAGAUAAAAUGUCCACUUUACUUUCUCCAUCCCCUUACCCUAUUCCAAUAGCCAGUUAUCAUAAUUUGUGUAUGUAUUUGCAUAUACUUCUAUUCUCAAUUGCCUCUCUUUUCUCUCUCUUGAUCGUAUUAGUAGGUAGUACAGUUUUUAUUUUUUAAAAAUUGUUAAUAAAUUAAAAAAACAAAUAGAAAUCUCAACAUUCUG